CGCCCCCUCCCAGGGCCGCUCGGCCCCGCCGCGCAGAGGGGGCGGGCCUCCGCGCCCGCGAUGGCGGGGCGGAGCGCGGCGGCCGCCGAGGCCCCCCGGGGCACGCGGUCGCGCAGCGCGGAGAGGCGCGGCCCCGACCGCGGCGAGGCGGCCGAGGAGCGGCGCCUCGCCUCGGAUGGCUACAGCUACACCGUGGGCGACUUCCAAAGCUUCGAUCCGGCGCCUGGCCACGUCCCCGGCGCCGGCGGGGCUCUCGCUGGGGCGCGUCGGCGCCGAGGCAGCGGCGGAGGUCUUGGGCGAGCUGGGCCCGCACUGGGGCAGCUGGGGCCAGCGCGGCCUCGUGGAGGUCGGGUGGUCCUACUACAAGGGCGAGUACCGCGAGGCGCUCGACGGGCAGUGGAAGACCGAAGUCCCCCGCGCACAGCCGCUGCAGGACUUCCCCAAGCUGCGGUCGCUCCUGGUCACGGCGAUGGAGGUCGAUGGACAGCGGCGACGGACCACCGCGGCCCGGACACCGUGGAUGGGGGACACGGCGGCCAUGAGCGAGGCAAAAGACCACCGCAGGUGCUCGGACAACCUCCUCACGGUGACACUUUCGAAGCGCGCCUGAACGUGAUCUGCCGCCACUACCUUCAGAAUGACAGCAUACCGAUGCACUUCGAUAAGAAGGAUUGGUUCGAGGAGGACGUGUACGGCUGCGUGCUCAUGAAUUCCUCCGACCGGGUGCUGGAGUUCCAGGCGGCAGAGGGCUCACAACCCAAGGAUGGGUGCUAUAUGCUCCCGGAGGCACCGGGCGCUUGCUUCUGCCAGCGGGGCGCGGCGCGGUUCGAUGCCGCGGAGCUGAGCGAGGCCGCGCCAGACGGUGGCGGCGCGGGCAUCGGCGCGUGA